AUUUUCCUGGCCCAGCGACGACGGUGAAGAAGGCCACAUCAUCUGUUGUUAUAAGCAUAGAUUUUGAUUUGACAUAGCAACGCUGAUAUACCCCUCCUUAUUUGCACCCUUAUUUCCUUCCAAAGCUUUACCGUCAUAGCCCUCGCUGGACUACGCCGCCCCUCCAUCCGUCUCAAGACCCCUCGUCAAACUUGACCUGCACCCACCAAAGUUCUCUACCCUCUACGCUUAGACCUCUAUUCCGGUUUUUCGCGUCUUAUCUACGGUCGCUACUUAUUAUUGAUUCAUUUUAGUCCUAAUCGACUUUUUUCCAAAUCUGAGAAUGGCGUCAGAAACCCCCUCCGGAGGGCCUCUUGAGGCCCGCAUCUCCCGAGAAGAACCCAAGACAGAUGCCGCUGCUCCUUCUGAGCCUGCUGCUGGGACCACCCCAGAAACCCCCGCGACUACAAAUGCCCCGGUUGCGGAUGCCCAAACAGACGGAGCUUCUGCAGAUUUUGGGGGAUCUCAACUACAAGAGCCUGAUUACUCAGUCAACGUCAAACUGAGCGACUUGCAAGCGGACCCAAAUAAUCCUUUAUACUCGAUUAAAAGCUUUGAGGAACUCGGGCUACAUCCAUCGGUUCUCCAAGGUCUACAUGCUAUGAGCUUUCGUCGCCCCUCCAAGAUCCAAGAAAAGGCACUUCCGCUUCUCCUGAAUAAUCCCCCAGCGAACAUGAUUGGUCAAUCACAGUCCGGUACAGGCAAAACUGCCGCAUUCGUCCUGAAUAUCCUGUCCCGUCUAGAUCUGUCUCCGCAAAUGGAGCUCGCACCCCAAGCAUUGGUACUUGCACCCAGUCGUGAGUUGGCUCGCCAGAUUGUGGGCGUUAUCCAAGUUAUGGGAUCAUACGUGGAAAAGUUAAAAGUUGCUACCGCUGUGCCCAUGGAGUCAAGUCGCAAUCAAAGAGUUGAAGCCCCUGUUGUGGUGGGCACUCCAGGAACUGUGAUGGAUCUUAUCCGUAAACGGCUAUUCAAUACCCAACAUUUAAAGGUGCUCGUACUUGACGAGGCAGACAACAUGCUGGACCAACAGGGUUUGGGAGAUCAAUGUAUCCGCGUUAAGGGACUACUUCCAAAAACUAUUCAAGUUGUGCUCUUUUCAGCCACUUUCCCCGAUCACGUAGUUCGUUACGCCAACAAGUUUGCGCCAAAUGCAAAUCAGAUUACACUCAAGCAUGAAGAGUUGACAGUUGAAGGUAUCAAACAGCUCUAUCUCGACUGUGACUCCGAUGAGCACAAAUUUGAUAUUCUGGUGAAAUUCUACGGCCUUCUUACAAUUGGCUCAUCAAUUAUUUUCGUAAAGACGCGCGCUUCAGCAGCUGAAAUUGAACGACGCAUGGUGGCUGAAGGCCACACCGUUGUGUCCCUCACUGGUGGUGUUGAGGGUCAAAAGCGUGACGAAAUAAUCGACAAGUUCCGCCAAGGCGACGCCAAGGUGCUCAUUACCACGAACGUCCUGGCUCGAGGAAUCGAUGUACAGACAGUAUCAAUGGUUAUCAACUAUGAUAUCCCUGAACUCCACGCUCCGAAAGCUACUAAGCGUAUUGCUGAUGCCCAGACGUAUCUUCACCGCAUUGGUCGUACCGGCCGCUUCGGUCGCGUUGGCGUUGCCGUGUCCUUCGUUGCUAGUAAGGAAGAAUGGCAGAUGCUUCAGGAUAUCAAGACCUAUUUCAAUACUGAAAUCCAACGCGUGAACACGCAAGAUUGGGAUGAGGUCGAAGAUGUGGUAAAGACCAUUAUCCGAAGCUCGAGAGCCGGAUCUAAUUUUCAACGCACUUAACUAUCGACCUUGUAAAAAGUCGAUAGGGAGAGGAGAGCCACCCCAACUAGUUGCUCGAAUUUUUUUCUUGCCCCGCACAUUUUCCCCGCGACUAUAGUUUGCAUUUCGUGACAGCCCGGCCAACCCCCUGAAUCGAACUAUAUAAUCCCCCCCUAAAACAUAUCACACACCAAUACUUUUCAAGAGAGAAUGGAAGAAUCUGCAUCAUGAAUAACUGCUCCCCCUACACUAAAUUUCUAUCCCCUUUGUUUAUCUUCUGAAAGCCCUCUUGGUACUCAUCCGCUUACCCUAAUGCCUCUACGAACCAAAAAGUCCUUCUCGCACGUUCCCCAACACCACCAACUAUACCAUAUGAGAUGAAAUUCUCAACGCACUCUUGCUUCAAACCACUGCCCUUACAGCGACCCCUUACAGCGAACCCUUUCUCUUCCCCUCAAAUGUCAGAUAGAUAUUUACAAACGGCCGUUUUUUAAACCCUUUUUCAUCUACACCUCCAAGAAUAGCAGGUGGAAAUUAACGAUAAAUGGAAAGGGGAAAAUAAAUAAUUGGUGAAUAAAAUGAUACAUGAAUAUUUCAAGAAUGGUCCGAACAUCUAGGCACGGCACAGAGGACGUAUGUCGAGUUUGUGGCAUUGCUGCAUAUUCGAGCCGGUUAAUUAUUCCAUCCAAUUUUCGUACUUCAAGUUGGCUUUCCUUCUCAUCGGAUGAAAGGCGCUAUCAUAUACACACGUGAGUAUAGAGUUGGCUGAUGAGGGUUUUUUGUGGAUGCACAUAUUAUUGUCCUUCACCUGGCAGGAUAUGGAAAUGCUAAACUUGUUAAUACGACCUAUGUUGAAUAGGUGGAUGUAGGCACACACUAAUUAUCGUGGACAAAGUUUACUAUAGAAAUAGAAAUAGAAUAUGCGGACCUCGACAGACGUAGUUACAUAUGUACUCCACUCCAUACACAGCCACAUAAAUAGACAGCAGAAAG